UCGAAUUGAAAGGUUAUUUAAAAAUGUUGAAUUUGAAACGUUUUCUUGUACUGUCUUUGGUAUGUUGUUUUGUAAAAACAUGUUUUUCGUAUGAUGGGGAAAAUGGCUACAAGAAACUGUCACGUCGGAAACGAUACGUCUCUUUUCCUGAAGGCUCGAGUUUUUCGUGUGCUGGAUGUAUGACAGUUGGUUUAAUAGGACAACCAGCGCCUUCUUCAGCCCCGGGAACCUUUACAUUCGGUCUUAAUUGGGGUAUAGCUUACGAGCUGCCUAACACUACUGAGACUGCACAAUUCUUUCGCAAAAAGUAUAGAAAACCAGUCGCUCAACGCAGAAGUAGACGACAAUUAUAUGAGAAAAUGGAACUGAUACUUGACAAUAUGGGAUACAACGGUCGCCAAUGUAUCUUGAAAACCUUAUGCGAGACAACACAACGUAUCGUGCCUCACAGUGAAAACAUGGUAUAUUUUACUCUUUCCUAUUCUUUCAGACUGCCUUUGACGAAGGUCCUCAAAACGGAGCCCUUACAACAUACGAUAUACGACUCGGCACAUCGUCUUGGUGAAUUGUUGGAAAGUUGUGAUAUCUAUAAAUGUCCGUUGUCGCUAGUGGACUGGGCGCAAGGUUACUAUAACGCCCCGGCGCCUCAAGUCGACACCGCGAGAAGUCCGUGGGCCUUGUUCAGUAGCAACUUUGGUUGAUUUUAGUUUUAGUUAAUUUGCAUUUAAAAUGAUGUAGUACUCAGCUUUGAUAAUGAAAUGUUUUGUUACAGUAGUUUUUUACUAGCGAAAAGAACAUAAUGUAUUUUUUUAAUUGUGUAAGAUUAAGACAGUUCACCUCUAACUAUCCGAUAUAGCACCGACUCGUGUUAGACCGUCCGUAGUCCUUCAUCAAGUGGAGUGUUGAUUUUCUUUGCAAUCGAAGGACCCGACGGGUCCUAAAAUUUGUUGGUGGCGUCACAGGAUAAUUAGACGUUAGUAUUCGAAGUGUAUUUGCCAAUUGUUAAAAAAGUGUUUAAACUAUACAGUUAUAAGGAUUGUUGGAAAUAUAAAUAAAACAAA